AUGCAAAAUAUUCCUCUUCAUUUUGUAGGCCUUCUGUCAGAAUUAUCAAACUAUCCUUGUUUUUAUCUCCACAAAAACAGAUACACCUUCACACCAUUACCAUUUUAUAAGAUUUUACAAUGGGUAAUGUUAGGGGCUCUGAUAUCUCCAUGUUCUGUUCAGUGCUUGACCUUUAAAGUGGGGGUGCUGGGACCCUGGAACUGUGACCCUGUCUUUCCAAAAGCACUUCCUGUUCUUGCAGCCAAGCUGGCAGUGGGCCGGAUAAAUGAAGACUUCGGUUUAGAUUUGGGCUGCAAAGUGGACUUUGUGAUUCUCCAGGAGGCUUGUGAGACGUCUAAGGCACUAACAAAAUUUGUGCAGUACGAGAACUCUGUCCACGCCUUUGUCGGCCCAUUGAAUCCUGGGUUCUGCAAUGCAGCGGCGCUUUUGGGAAAAAACUGGAACAAAGCCAUUGUUUCAUUGGGCUGCGUUAACUAUGAACUGGAUAAAGGCCACAGCUACCCAACCUUUGCCCGAGCUUUGCCUUCACCAACAAGAGUUCUGUUCACUGUACUGAAGCACUUCAGGUGGGCCAGCAUUGGAAUUGUUUCUUCCAAUGAAGACAUAUGGGUGGACACUGGCCACAAAGUAGCUGCUUCCUUGAGGAGUCGAGGACUACCUGUGGGUAUCGUUGCAUCCAUUGGGGACAAUUCCACUGAGAUAGAAAGUGCUCUAAGGAGAAUUCAGGGAGCUGGAGAUGUAAAAGUCAUCAUCAUGUGCAUGCAUUCCUUGCUGAUUGGUGGUGAGCCUCAAGCCGCUUUUCUGCUGAAAGCCCAGGAGGCUGGACUAACCAAUGGGAGGUACAUCUUUGUGCCAUACGACUCCCUACUUUACAGCCUCCCAUAUGGCAACUCAUCAUAUCCCGUACUGCGGGACAACAAGAAGCUCCGACAGGCAUAUGACGCAGUGCUGACCAUCACUGUGGCAUCUGAGCUAAUGUCAUUCAAUGAGGCCUACAGCAUGGCUAAACGCAUGGGUGAAUUCUCCACCGCACCUGAUCCACAACAGGUGUCACCACUGUUCGGGACAAUAUACAAUGGGAUCUAUUUCAUUGCUAAAGCUAUGCACAACUCCAGAAAGGCUGGCAGAUGGCUGUCUGGGACCAAUGUGGCAUCCUUCUCAAAGAGCCUGGCAUUUAACGGUUUCAAUCAGAAGAUACAAACAGACAAUUUUGGAAGGGGUCUGACCAAUUAUAUAAUCCUAGAUUCAGAUGGAAAGGGGAGCCAACUCUACCAGACCCACCUGGUUGACUUGAGCGCUGACAUGGUGCUCUUUGCAGGCCGGUCCAUUCAUUUCCCAGGAGGCAUCCUGCCACCAGCCGACCCCAGUUGUUGGUUCGAACCCAACACCAUCUGCUCUGGAGGCGUGGAGCUAACCUAUGUUAUUCUGGUGGCUGUGUUCAUUUUCGUCCUCGUUGUUGGUAGCAUGGGUUUGACUUUGUUCAUAAGGAGGCGUAUCCAGCAGAUGCAACUAGUGAAAGGGCCCAAUCGGAUUAUCCUGACCUUGGAAGACCUUACCUUCAUUGAUCCAGAACUCAGCAACAUGAAAAUAACUUUAGAAGACCUCACCGAGUCCAUAAGUGCAAUUGGUGAUAAGAGUGUGGAAUCUGGAGAUGGCCCCCACUCUAUGAGGAGUAAUGCAACAGUAACACAUGAGACUUCAAACAUAGCCAUUUAUGAGGGUGACUGGGUAUGGUUAAAAAAGUUCAAAGAAGGACAAUUCAAAGAGGUUAAACCAAGCACAACAAGAAUUUUUACAAAGAUGAAGGACCUCCGCAAUGAAAACGUCAACCUAUUCCUGGGCUUCUUUGUGGAUUGUGACAUGUUCGCUGUGGUAACAGAGCACUGCUCCCGGGGGAGUCUCCAAGACCUGCUGCGCAAUGAAGAUGUCAAGCUGGACUGGAUGUUCAAGUCCUCCCUCUUACUCGACCUCAUCAAGGGAAUGAAGUACUUGCAUAAUCGUGAGUUUCUCCACGGACGUCUAAAGUCUCGAAACUGUGUGGUGGAUGGGCGUUUUGUUCUGAAAAUCACAGACUAUGGCUUCGGUGAACUUCUGGAUACCCAGAAUGUCCCAAAGGUGUUGCCUCCUCCUGAAGAACUGUUCUGGACAGCUCCUGAGCUCCUGAGAGACUUGGAAAUCUCCCAGAAAGGGACCUACGAAGGAGAUGUGUACAGCUUUGCCAUCAUUCUGCAGGAAGUGGUUGUCCGUGGACAGCCUUAUUGCAUGUUGGGCCUCGCUGCUGAAGAGAUCAUCAGAAAGGUGAGAAAGCCACCGCCCAUGUGCCGACCCACUGUGGCCCCAGACCAGGCUCCCCUGGAGUGCAUCCAACUGAUGAAGCAGUGCUGGAGUGAGCAGCCGGACCGCCGGCCGACAUUCGAGGAGAUCUUUGACCGGUUCAAGAUCAUUAAUAAAGGUAAGAAGACCAACAUUAUUGACUCCAUGCUGCGCAUGCUGGAGCAGUAUUCCAGCAACCUGGAGGAGCUGAUCCGUGAGAGGACAGAGGAGCUGGAAGUGGAGAAGCAGAGGACAGAGAAGCUCCUUUCUGAGAUGCUGCCACUGUCUGUUGCAGAGGCCCUGAAGACAGGUGCCACAGUGGAGCCUGAGUACUUUGACCAGGUGACCAUCUACUUCAGUGAUAUUGUGGGCUUUGCCACCAUCUCUGCCCUCAGUGAACCCAUUGAAGUGGUUGAUCUGCUCAAUGACCUCUAUACUCUUUUUGAUGCUGUACUUUGCAACCAUGAUGUUUACAAAGUGGAGACUAUUGGCGAUGCAUAUAUGGUGGCUUCAGGUCUGCCAAAAAGGAAUGGAAACAAGCAUGCGGCAGAGAUUGCCAACAUGUCCUUGAACCUACUCAGUUCUGUAGGAACUUUCCAGAUGCGACACAUGCCAACCGUGCCGGUCAGGAUCCGAAUUGGCAUACACUCAGGGUCAUGUGUUGCAGGGGUUGUGGGUCUAACUAUGCCUCGAUACUGCCUCUUUGGAGACACAAUCAACACCACCUCACGUAUGGAAUCUACUGGCCUGCCUUUUAGAAUUCAUGUCAAUAUCUCCACUGUGAAGAUCCUUCGCUCUCUAAAUGAGGGGUACCUGAUAGAUGUCAGGGGAAAGACUGAACUGAAGGGUAAAGGUAUUGAGGAAACAUACUGGCUUGUAGGGAAAACAAACUUCUCCAAGCCAUUGCCAAAGCCCCCAGAGAUCAAACCAGGUGAUAACUGGCAGGAAAUGGUGACAGAAGAAAUCAAGUCCAUCUUCCGGAAGGCCAACAGACAAGUGGACAGGCCCAAAAUCUGAGGGAAGAUGAGUGGCAGGCUGAAGAAUGCAAAAGCCUUUACCCUGCAGCUCCUGGAAAGGUGCCUAGUUACUCUGGGUUACCUGAAGAAUGGAAAUAAGAUUACCCAUUAUCUAAUCUCACACAGGCAAGCACAGCAGAAAGACUGCACUAAUAAAGUGAAGGUCAUUAUAGCACUGAGUAUGGAAGUAUAUGUAUGAGAAGAAUAGGCAUCUAAUAUCUUACUUUACUGCACAUUUUUAUUUGGCCACUGAGUGGCUCUUUGAAAGAAU